CGGUCAUCUCGUAAAUUUCUUCAUGGAAGUGAACCAGUAGUCAAACUAUCUUUCGCUGGUCGUUCACCUUUUUUGGGGCUUUUUUCGACCGGCAUCCGAUGUCUGCAGCAAUGUCUCGGUGGUAUCGUGAAAAUAGAUAAAGCGUUUAAGUCACGGCGAAAAGAUUCUCUCAGCUCAGAAGAGCUUGACCACUCCGUAUGCUAAUAGUCGAUAAGGGGACCAGAAACGAGCAAGUUGGGUUCCAUCUCGGUUCUCGUCAGGAUUGUUCCAAAGAGUUUCGACUCGACGAUGGACCAUCUCAGCGUGUUGCUGAUGUUCCUGGUGGGAUGCCUGGGCAUUUUUUGGAUCUUCCGGUAUUCCUUCACGUACUUUGAGAGCCUAGGUCUCCCAUGUGUCUCGAAAAUGCCCAUCUUGGGCAGCUUGUGGCCCUUCAUGUUCGGGUUCACCUCCGUGACAGACAUCCUCGGCAACGCCUACAACGAGUUCCGGGAGAUGAAGUACAUCGGCUUCUACGAGUUCAACAGUCCAGUGUUCAUAGUAAAGGACCUGGACCUGAUAAAGUCCGUCGCCGUGAAGAACUUCGACAGCUUCCCCAACCACUCGCCCUUGGUCGACCCGGAGAUGGACCCGUUCAUGGCCAAGAACCUCUUCGCUCUUCGAGAUGAAAAGUGGAGGCAGACAAGGAGCUUGCUGACCCCAGCUUUCACGUCCAGCAAGAUGAAGUUCAUGUUCAAGCUGGUAUGGAAUUGCGCCUCCAAGUUCGCGGACCACGUCGCCUUGGAGCAGAAGACCAACCCUGGAGACAAGGAAGUGGACAUGAAGACGAUCCUGACGAAGUACACGAACGACGUCAUAGCUUCCUGCGCGUUCGGGAUAGACAUCGAUACCAUGAAGAACCCAAAGAAUGAUUUUUAUGUCCUGGGGAGGAAAGCGACGAGUCUUGAAGGGCUCGUCCUGGUGAAGAUCUUGCUGAUGCGGACCUUUCCUGGGUUGUGUAGGUUAUUGGACGUGAAGCUGACGAUCGACCGGGCGAAGGACUUCUUUAUGUCCGCUAUUGCUUCCACGGUGGCCUUGAGGGACGAGAAGGGCAUCACCAGGCCCGACAUGAUCCAGCUGAUGAUGGAGGCCAGGGUCAAGAACGAGGACCUGGACAUCGAGGAGAUGACCUCCCAGGCCUUCGUCUUCUUCUUCGGCGGCUUCGAGUCCUCCUCGACUAUGAUGUGCUUCGUCGCCCACGAGAUCGCCAUUAAUCCGGAUGUCCAGGAUAGGUUACAGGCCGAGGUCGACGAGGUGCUCAGGAAGAGCCCUGGGGAACCCACCUACGAGACGAUCAACUCCAUGGAGUACCUCACCGCGGUGCUGUACGAGGCGCUUAGGAUGUACCCGGUGGCUCCCUUGUUGGAUAGGGUCUGCGUCAAGGAGUUCGAACUUCCCCCGGCUUCGCCGGGGAUGAAACCGGUGACCCUGUACCCUGGGUCGAGGGUCUGGCUCCCAAUUAGCGCCAUCCAGAGGGAUCCCAAGUACUACCCGAACCCUGAAAAGUUCGACCCGGAGAGGUUCCUCGGCGAGGACAAGAUGAACGUCAACAACUCCACCGUGUACCUUCCUUUCGGUCUAGGCCCCAGGAUGUGCAUCGGCAACAGGUUCGCCCUGCUCGAGAGCAAAGUCGUGAUUUUCCACCUGCUCGCCAGGUGCAACCUGAAGCCCUCCUCGAAGACGUGCAUCCCCAUGGAGUUCGGUGUCAAGGGCUUCGCCAUGCUCCCGAAAACUGGAUUCUGGCUGAACCUGGAGCCCAGGAACAAGACGUACCUGUCUUCCAACUCCCAGACUCAGUAAUAGAUAUCUCCUAAUUAUAUACUUGACAUUUCUCUGAUAAUCAACAUGAGAUUGAAAAAUAAAGUGGUUUCGUUAUCGGUAGGGAUUUCCCUAUCUCCUCUCAUUUCUUAAUCUCGACGUUGACAUCUUCCUCGGGAUAACGAAUGUUUACCUCGUCGGCCAAUUUUCGGGUCGUCUGAGGCUGGCCGCCAUUUUGGUACCUGAAGAAACAAAAUUGAAUACAAUAUUACGCGCGGUUAGAGUUAAUCGCCCAACUUCAGAAGGUCACCAGUCAAUUUUAAUCUUAGCUUAAUUUUUUUCGGUGCAACGCGAAUUCCACUAAUUCAAGGUUAACUAAUCAUAGUUCAGGAAUUUAACACUAAUCGCGGUUGGUGCAAUCGGUCCAAAGUAUCCGAAUCGAAGUCUACUUCUGAAAGAAAUGGCGCGACUUGCUUACGAUAUAUCUUGAGGAAAAAAAAGAACAAAGAAUCCUGAAGAGUAAGCAAUCUUGAAGAGAUGAUCCCGAAGCAUUUAAUAAUUUGCUGAGGUCAUCAUUCCUGAGACGUUCUUGGAAGGUCAUCAUACCAGUCGAAUUAUCUUUCACGGGACGAUCGCCAUUUUUCGGCUUUUAUUUUCGACCGAGAAGUGGAGUAGCGCCUGAA